AAUUAAUUAAUCAUAAACGCUGCAAUGUACCGAAACGCAAGGUAUUGGUUUAAAACAGAGACAAAGAAUCAAGGUUGAAACCAAUUUUAAUACACCGUGCGGUACCUGUGCCACCCGUUGCAAGGUUGCGAUCGCCACCUCCGCCAAUCGCCGCAAGAAAAGCGUAAUAACAGGUGGCUCCGCGUCGCGGCAGGUGGAUUAGUUUAUUUUUUUUCUUUUUCCACCUUUCCCAGUCGGUCUUGUUGGUGUAUGUUCCCCUAUUGUUUUCAAGCAAUGCACAAGCACAUAGUACCACCACACACCGUACAGUACUUGACAGGGCGUAUUGAAGGCAUCGUGUACGAAAUUUGAUCCGCGAUCGUGCGAGCCAACAAGUGUCAGCAGGGGAAACGAGAGAAAUAAUGAUUCCAAGGAGAAAUACGUCGUGAUAGAUGCAAUUAAUUGCAUCGUUGCCCGUGGAACAGGUAGAGGUUAUACGUACAAUAUUUUUGUCAGUGAUAUACGUAUGAAAGCUCGUAGCUGUGGUAAAACAAACAGCGAAAUAAUGCCGCCGUCGUCCCAUACGAAUUGGACGAAGCCUCUUCUGAAGAAUAGACAAACGAUGCAGAUGCAAGCGAAACGAACAACAUGCACGACACAAAAUCAAAAUUCAAACGGUAGUGGUACAGAACACAGUGGUAUUCCGCUCGACAGGAGAAUUAAAGUCGUUCUGGUAGGCGAUGGUGCUGUUGGAAAGACCAGCCUCGUUGUUUCUUAUUCAACGAAUGAUUUCCCUGGAGAAUAUGUGCCCACUGCUUUCGAUAAUUAUAAUGUGGUUGUUAAUGUUGAUGGCCAACCAGUAAAUAUUCAGCUAUGCGAUACAGCAGGACAAGAUGACUUUGAUCCUUUGCGAUCAUUGUGUUAUCCAGAAACAGAUGUGUUCUUAGUCUGCUUUAGUGUCGUAUGCCCUUCUUCUUACCAUAGCGUAUCAUCACGUUGGAUAAAUGAAAUACGAAAAUACUGCCCAAAUGCACCUAUUAUCUUGGUAGGCACCAAGAGCGAUUUAAGGGCAGAUGUACAUCUAACGUUACAAUUAGAAAGAUAUGGCCAAACACCAAUUACAACUACUAAAGGGCAUCAAUUGGCUCAGAGAGUAGGUGCUGUAAGUUAUGUAGAGACGUCUGCAUUAACUCAACAUGACCUUAAAGAGGCAUUUGAUCAAGCGAUAGUUAGCGCUCUUAACACAAGACGAGGUGGUGCUAGUUUAUUAUAUAGACGUAGGAAACCUUUAUCAUUAUGGCGCAGAUGGCUGUGUUGUUGGGAGAGGCCUUCAAGCGGUGGACAAGUAUAAUUAUUAGACUUUUUAGAAUGCCCUCUGUGAUCAAUUGCGGCUACUUUGUUAUCGGAAUUCUUAAAUCUUAUUAUUUUACUUAGCUGAGAGACUAAAUUCUGCUAAUGGAAUUAAGGUAUUUGUACCUUUACGAUUUUUCUUAUUGCAUGAAUCUCUUGCAAUAUUUAUAAAAUCGUGUAACAAAUUUGGUCUUUCAAUGAAUUUUGCAUCAUUAUCUAAAAAUAAGUAAUUAUUUUUUUAAUCAAGUAGUAUCAUACGCAUACAUUUUGUUCGUUAAUUGAUACUACUUACUUGAUAGGGGAUGUAAGAAAUAAUUUCUCUACUUUUUCUACAAACUUAGAGGAUUUUACAUUCUGAUAGCUAGGUCGUAUGCUGUUAUAAACUUCCUGAAGCCAGACAUGGCAUAAUUUAUUAUAACAUUAAACAUAUUUUUGUUACUAGUAUGUAAUUGGCUACUUGCCGGUUGUGAUUUUUCGUUUAUCUAUAAGGUCAUCAAUUCUAGAAUCAUAUACCGAUAUUAUUAAUGUAAUAUCACAAACAAUAUUUAAUCCUUUAUUUUUCCGCGCUGCGAGAUUUAUAUAAAGUGAAAACUUUGAUAUAAUAGAUUCAAACUUUAAAAGCGUUAAUUCUUUGCAUGCUCAUUUUUAAUUAUUCGUAACAAUCACAAUGUAGGUUAUUUAUUAUUUUCUGAAUAUUUUAUGUACUAAAAAGUAUGAUCCACUAUUUGAAAAUCAAAUGUAAAUAUUUAUUUCUAAUUAAAAAAGACAGAGUGCAAAGGAAUUACAUGUAUACAUCACAUUAGAAUUAUAUAAUUGCAUUGUUAUCAAAUCAGUUAUUUAGUAACAUACUUUUAUGUGAAACGCAUAAUAUUUGCAUGGAUAACUUAUCUAUUUGAAAGUAUAUACCGUUUAGAAAUUGAACAUAAUUAUAAAAACAAUGGAUUUCCAUGAAGUAUUGGAACUAACUAACUACUGUUGAAAAUAUUAAUAAGCGCUGUGAUUAUAAAACUUAAAUUUUUUCAAGUCUUUUUAUUUUUGUAUAUAAAAGAUAAAAAGGUACAAGACUGUUAGUGUCUUCAAUUUGAUCCCAUUUAACACAUUUCAAGAGACAAAUUGUAUCAUAAAUAAUCUGGUUUAAACUUUAAGUUAAUAUCUAGUAAUAUAACGUUAUCUAGAUUUUUUUAGUACCACAUAUUUUGUGUUUAAUGGGGAAACUAGAAUAAUAAUAAAGAGGGAAAGAAUAAAAACUAGGAACUUUGAAUUAAAAACAAUAAUUGUCUUGAAAUGUAUCACUGUCUGUUUACAUUUUUAUAAAUAUUUCAAAAUAACUUUUACAAUUAGUUUAAAGCAACAUAUAAUACAAGUUGUUCUACAAACUUAUAUUAAAUUUUGAAAAUCAAAGUUGCUAGAAAAAGUAAUUGAGCUGAUAUCCACAAGAGAGAUACAACAUAAUCUUAAAGUAUUGUGUUUUAUUUUUAGCAAUUCUUUAAAGCAUUUCUAAACUGUCAACACAUUAAGGACCGCUAAGAAAUCUGUAAGACAUACGCCUAAGACCACACGUUUUUGGGCAAACUGGAAUAUUACUAAACUCAUCGUAAUUUAAUUAUUUAUGAAGCAAUUUUUGUGAAACUUUCAGAAAUUGUAAAAUAAGAUGCAUUUUAGGUAUUAUUGAAAAAAAUUAUGUUUUUAAUAAUAAUCAUAACUUUUUUAUUUAAAAAAUAAAUUUGUACUAGUAACGGCCCGCGUUGGCGGUCGGGCCAGGUAGUCUAUGAAAGCGUGAAGCACCGGGAAAUAAGUGAAAAAAAAACAUGAAGGCAAUCGAGUUUAAUACAUUGACUAUUGAUGUAAAUACUUAAAUAGACAAAGUAGAUGCAAUGUAUCAAACUAGGUGACAUCUAAAGACAGCGUGUAGAAAG